AUGAAAAUUUCUAAUAGUUUUGUUUCAUUAUGUGGAGUAUCAAAUGCUCAAAUGUUUGGUGGUACAUGUAAAUUACCAGAAAUUCCUCAAACUAUGGAUAAUGGUUCACAAAGUGUAUCUUGUUGGCUCUAUUAUUACAAAAUAAUGUUGUUAUUAGUUCAUAUAAUCAUACAUUUCCAAAAGGUACUGGAUCAACAUUUUUCAGUGAUUCAAAUAAAGAUAGUGUUUACAACUGGUGAAAAUCUCCAUGUUGAAUAUAAAAUAACUAAAGGUUAUAGUGGUGUUUUUUAUAGCGAAGAUUGCAAAAGUAAAGAUCAAAUUCCAACUAGUUCGGAUAUUGUAAAGUCUUAUAGUGGUGGUUUUGCUAUGAUGGGUAGUACAUACAAUUACCAAUAUAAACUUACUUGA